UUAGCUACCCCUUAUGACAUAUGCACCUCUCUAGUCAGUUGCCUUCAAGACUCAGAUCAAGGGCCAUCUCCUCCAGGAAGCCUUCCUGGAAAUCUACACCCUUCCAACAUAGUGGCUCCCGCAUUGGCUUGGGUGCUCCGAAGCCUAUGUCUGACACUCCAGUCAUGCCCAAGACCGGGAUCUUCCUCUUCCUGCUGAUGGCCUUGCCUUCCUCUCUCUGCUUCAACUUGGAAACGGACAAGCCGACCACCUUCAGCAUGGACAGCGCUGGGUUUGGACACAGCGUGGUCCAGUACGCCAACUGGGUGGUGGUUGGGGCCCCCCAGGAGAUAAAGGCUGCCAACCAAACAGGUGGCAUCUACCAAUGUGACUACAGCACAGGGACGUGUAACGCCAUCCACCUGCAGGUGCCCCCAGAGGCUGUGAACAUGUCCCUGGGCUUGUCCAUGGCGGCCACCACCAACCCCACUCAGCUGCUGGCCUGUGGCCCCACCGUGCACCGUGCAUGCAGGGAGAACAUGCACCUCACGGGGUUCUGCUUCUUGCUGGCCUCCCCGUCCUGGCAUGCCCAGAGGAUCCCCGCUGCCCUGCAGGAGUGCCCAAAGCAGGAGCAGGACAUCGCCUUCCUGAUUGACGGCUCAGGUAGCAUCUCCUUCAGAGAUUUUGCCAAAAUGCUGAACUUCGUGAGGGCUGUGAUGAGCCACUUCCAGAGACCGAGCUCCCAGUUCUCCCUGAUGCAGUUCUCCAACAAGUUUGUGGUGCACUUCACUUUCAAAGACUUUGCAAUCAGCUCAGACCCACUAAGCCUGCUGAAUUCUGUAACACAGCUGAAAGGGUACACUUACACGGCCACAGCCAUCGGAAUGGUCACAGACCAAUUGUUUAGUGCCUCAAAAGGGUCCCGAAAAGAUGCCUCCAAGAUCCUGAUCGUCAUCACCGAUGGGCAAAAAACAGGGGACUACCAGGAUUACAAGGAUGUCAUUCCCAGGGCUGAGGCCGCUGGCAUCAUCCGCUAUGCAAUUGGGGUGGGAUCGGCUUUUCAAACUGAACAUUCCUUGCAAGAGUUACAGGACAUUGCAUCAAAGCCGUCCAGUGAACAUAUAUUUAAAGUGGAUAAUUUUGAUGCUUUGAGAGACAUUCAAAACAAACUGAAAGAGAAGAUCUUUGCCAUUGAGGGUACACAGACCGCAAGCAGUAGCUCCUUCGAAUUGGAGAUGGCCCAGGAGGGCUUCAGUGCUGUGUUCACGCCUGAUGGACCGGUUCUGGGGGCUGUGGGGAGCUUCAGCUGGUCUGGAGGGGCCUUCCUGUACCCCCCCAAAAUGAGCCCCACCUUCAUCAACAUGUCCCAGGAGAACGUGGACAUGAGAGACUCUUACCUGGGUUACUCCACUGAGCUGGCCCUUUGGAAGGGGCUACAGAACCUGGUCCUGGGGGCCCCCCGCCAUCAGCACACCGGGAAGGUUGUCCUCUUCACCCAGGUGUCCAGGCAGUGGCUGAUGGACGUGGCCAUCGGGGCCCCAGGAGAGCAGGAGAACCGGGGUGCCAUCUACCUGUUUCAUGGAACCUCAGGACUGAGUAUCAACCCCUCAUACAGCCAGAGGAUCGCAGGUACCCAGCUCUCCCCCAGGCUUCAGUAUUUUGGGCAAUCACUGAGCGGGGGUCAGGACCUCACCCAGGAUGGACUGGCGGACUUGGCUGUGGGGGCCCGGGGACACGCACUACUGCUCAGGACCAGACCUGUGCUCAGGGUGCGGGCAAGCAUCCGCAUCUUUCCGGCAGAGAUCGCCAGGUCUGUGUUUGAGUGCCAGCAGCAUGUGGCCUCUGUCCAGGCUCUGGGUAGUGCCACUGUCUGCCUUCAUAUUCAUGGAAGUCCCAGGAACAGGCUGGGUGACCUCCAAAGCUCUGUGACCUUUGACCUGACCCUCGAUCCUGGCCGCCUGAGUCCUCGUGCCAUCUUCGAGGAGACAAAUACCUGGAAUCUGACUCGUGUUCGAGUCCUGGGGCUGACAGAGCACUGCGAGGCUGUGAGGCUGCUCCUUCCGGCUUGUGUGGAAGACUCAGUGACCCCCAUCAUCUUGCGUCUCAACUUCUCCCUGGUGGGCAAGCAUGUCUCUUCCUUUGGAAACCUCCAGCCCAUGCUGGAUGUGGAUGCCCAGAGAUACUUCACGGCUUCUCUCCCCUUCGAGAAGAACUGUGGCACCAAUCACGUCUGCGAGGAUGACCUCAGCAUUUCCUUUGGGGUCUCGGGCUUGAAGACGCUGGUGGUGGGGAGUAACCUGGAGCUGAGCUUGGAAGUGACAGUGCGGAAUGAUGGCGAGGACUCCUAUGGAACCAGAGUCACCUUCUUCUACCCGCCAGGGCUGUCUUACCGACGUGUGGCAGUGGGCCAGAACCAGCUGCAGUCACGUGCCCUGCGCCUGACCUGUGACAGCGCCCCUGCCGGGAGUCAGGACACCAUCAGCACCCACUGUAGCAUCACCCACCUCAUCUUCCGUGAGGGCGCCCAGGUCAGCUUUGCUUCUUCCCACCCCUAA